AUGUCAUUUGUCAAAGAGUAUGAGAACAAGAAGGCCAUCAUCUUCACCGAUUUUGACGGCACAGUCACUCUCCAGGAUUCCAACGACUAUCUCACGGAGAACCUUGGCUUCGGGCUGGCGAAGAGACUGGAGCUGAACGAGCUGAUCCUGAACGGGGCGAUGAGCUUCAGAGACGCCUUCUCGCAGAUGCUGGAGUCCAUCCCGACACCGUUCGACGAGUCUGUCGAGUAUCUGUUGCAGCACAUUGAGCUGGAUCCCGGGUUCAAGGAGACGUUCCACUGGUGUGAGCAGAACGACAUCCCGAUCGUGGUUGUGUCCAGUGGUAUGAAGCCCAUCAUCAAGGCCCUGCUGCAGAAGCUGGUGGGCGAGGAGGCCGUGGAGAGAAUCGAGAUCGUCUCCAACGACGUGGAGGUCAACGCGGAGGACCAGUCGUGGAGAAUCUCGUACAGAGAUGAGACGCCCUUUGGCCAUGACAAGUCCAGGGCCAUCAGACCAUACAGCGAGGCCAGACCGAGUGGGUCGCAGCAGAAGCUGUUCUACUGUGGCGAUGGAGUCUCAGACCUGUCUGCUGCCAGGGAGACCGACUUGCUGUUUGCUAAGAGAGGCAAGGACUUGGUCACGAUCUGUCGCCGUGACAAGAUCCCAUUCACGCAGUUCGACUCUUUCAAAGACAUCUUGAAGGAUAUCAAGAGCGUGCUGAGUGAGGACGUCACCAUUGACCAACUGGAUGAGAACAAGAGAGCUUUAUAG